CCAUUAACAAUGAUGAUGAUGCCAGAACGACGACGGACACCCAGGUCACCGACAACGCAGAAGCCAACGGAACCGAUACCGAACGACAACUUAUAUUGAAGUGUCAGGCAUACUCGUUUGCUCGUUAACGUCCACUAUAAUUAGUUCUUUCAAUAAAGAGAUAUACGGAAAGGUGAACGAGAGGGGGGAGAGAGAGAGAGAGAGAGAGAGAGAGAGAGAAGAAAAAGAAGAAGGAGGAAGCACUGAAACAGAAGGAAGGUUCAAAGGAAAGUAAAGAAACUUUCAGAAUCGAAAAGUUAUCUUCUAGUCCCAAGUGUCAAUUAAAGGGAGAACCAAAGGACAUCGGAAGAAGGAGGUGGACACGAAACUCAAAACGAAACUUUAGCUGUCUCUAUUAAAUUUAAAUUAAUUCGUAAAGAAGUAACGUCGAUCGAUUUCUCCAAAAGGCUAACGACGUCGGUCCGUUGCGAACAAGAUUUCGUCGGAGAUUCCUCGUUUUUCGGUGUGUUACUACCUCGUUACAACUAUUUGUGGCUUUUCUUCACGGAGAAACUUACAGUUGAAGUUUUAAACGAAAUUUUCAUGUUAUGACUCACGUAUAUCUUCGCUAGGGUGCGAAUCUUCUGUGAAAGAUGAUCUUUUCUUAAUAGGAAACGAAAAUAACAAUUUUGUUUGCUUUUAUCAGUCUGAACUUUUUCCUUUGACUUCAGAAUUAACUACAAAGGAAAGAUUCAAGGAAAAUCUUUAAGUUUCAAUUUUAAAUAACAAAUAGAUUUUUGAAUUUGAAAGGAAAAUUCCAUCCCAGUGAAUUACCCAAUAAAUCAUUUUGCAACAUAUAAAUUUGAUUCUUAAUAGAAAAUUGAUUUGGUGUUAAAUUUGUUUGCAAUUACUUUUCAGUGCUGUGCCAUUACGUAAUAUAAAUAUGUGUGUGCGUAUAUGUGAUAUCUAACGUCAAAGAAAUUAAUCGUUGGCUCAUUGUGAAAGGAAUUGAGUAAUUCGCAUAGUGUGACAUCCAAAACUAUGUCUGUCAAUGACAUGACUUGACCUUCUAUCUAUAUUUCUAUGUGGAAAUAUUUAUUAACGAUCGAAAGAUAUUCUUGCAUUUCCCAUGGAUCGACUCGGUGUACCGGUACACCGUAGAGGAGCGAACAAUGGGUAUGAGAAGAACAGAAGCUAAGUAGCAGGCUGUGUAGGUACGGGAACAGAGAGAGAGAGAGAGGACGUAACAAGGAAAGAAAAAUAUAAGAAACAGAGGGUCGCGAGGACGGAGAAGGAGACGGGCGAAGAAAAAGGAGAGAAGGAGGAAGGAAGAGUGACGGGAAGGAAAGAGGACAAAAAGUUGAAGGAGAGGAAGAAGGAAGAAAUUAGCGAAAACAAGCGCAAAUAUACAUCGAAAAUAUGAGGACGAGUAGAACUUUCGAUGCUACGUGGAGGCUAACGUGGUUCGUCUGCCUCCUGGCUAGCAGUUUGGCGCAAACAUUACCAAUGUGUCCAGAUCAACGCGAGAUCUUACCCUGUUUUUGUACCAUGAAAAAGGCUGGCUUGGAUAUCGUAUGUGAACAAACCGAAUUAUCGCAUAUCUCGAAAGCCAUGAAUGCUAUAAAAGGAAGGCCAAAUACUGUCAUUUUCUAUUUGAGACUGAGGCACAAUAAUUUACCGAAGCUCCAAGGUUACAUGUUUCUUGGACUGGAUAUACGUCACCUAAGUAUUCACAAUAGCACUCUGGCUGCGGUUGAGGAAUCCUCUUUGAACUCGAUCGGAAACAAAUUGACACAAUUGGACUUUUCGCAGAAUUAUUUAGCAAGCGUUCCAUCGAAUGCGUUAAGAAAUCUCCAUCAUCUCCUUAUUUUAAAUCUGAAUCACAAUAAGAUAAAUGGCCUUCAUGCCAAAGCUUUCGAAGGCCUCGACACGCUUGAAAUUCUCACUCUCUACGAAAAUGAGAUAUCCACGAUAGAAGCAGACGCAUUCAAGGGACUCGAUAAUCGAAAAUUAAAACGUCUCAAUCUGGGAGGGAAUGAAUUAACGAGCAUACCAACAUCUGCUCUCUCCACGUUGGAUAUGUUGAAGAAACUGGAGAUGCAAGAGAAUAGAAUACAAUCAAUCAAGGAAGGAGAUUUCGAAGGAUUGAAAAGUUUGGAUUCGUUAGGAUUGGCGCACAAUCGUAUUCGCACUGUACCGGCUCGUGCAUUUUUCCAUUUGGCGCAAUUAAAUUCUUUGGAGCUCGACGGAAAUGAAAUCAUUCAUGUCGAUCCAGAUGCAUUUAUCGGCCUUGAAGAGAAUCUACAAUAUUUACGGUUAGGAGAUAACAAUCUGCACGCGGUACCGAGCGAUGCGCUGAGACGACUCCAUCGUUUGCGUCAUCUUGAUUUAAGAGCCAACAAUAUAACCGUGCUCCCGGAGGACGCUUUCACCGGUUACGGAGACUCGAUAUCUUUUCUUAAUCUACAAAAAAAUUUAAUCAAGGAACUACCACCAUUGGUCUUUGAAAAUUUGAAUUCCUUGGAAACGCUCAACUUGCAGAACAAUAAACUUAGCCACAUACCAGAGGAAGUAACAGAAACGAUCGUCGAUACGUUGCGACAUAUCGACAUAACGGACAACCCAUUGGUUUGCGAUUGUGAGCUACGUUGGUAUCCAGCUUGGCUUCAAAAUCUUCGCGACAAGGACGACGAGAUUAUGUCGAAGAAACGUACGGUUUGUAUGAUGUCGUCCGAGCAUCGAGAAUACUCUGUGCAAAAUAUACCGUUAGAAAAAAUGGGCUGCGUCAAUAGCAUAGAGAGGGUGCCGUCGAACGGAAUUUCCGUUUACCGAGGCGUCUGUUUCGCUUAUUUCUUUGCAUUCGUUUUCAUCGGCUUGUAAACGUUUCAUCUUUAUCGUCGUCCCCAUUGUCAUCUUUUCAUUAUAAUCUUUUCCUUCUUAUAUUUUAUUGCUCAUUUUAUUUUUCUCUUCCUCGCGAGACAACGUCCUCGUCACGAGAAAAUACGCGAUCUCAACGAGAAUUUUUUCAAAUUGUGUCAGCAACACGCUUUCGUUAAUUUAUCUAGCGUGCUAAUUAUUCCUUGAUUUAACAUCUUUUUAAUGAUAAAUUGAGAUCUCGUUCCGAUCGGACAGAGACAUCGAAUAUGCUCUAUGAAGGAUAGUAAUGUUUGACAAAGUAUAUGAAACACAAGACAUCGCUAAAAAGUUUCUCGUUUUCUAAGAGUAAUCAUUAUACUUUCGAACGAGGUAUUCUCGAAGUAACUGCGACAAUCGAUAGCUCUACGACGACUAGAAUAUUUCUCUUAGUCGAUUAGCUCUUCUGAGUACGUUUCUACGUUGCGGUAUUUGACCAAGAAAUAAAGUUUCGUUCACAGAAGAAAGAGGCUAAGAAGAGAGCGGCGUGAAUUAGAAUGCGAAUCGUUCAAUAAUCUCAUCGUCGUAGUGUUCAUUUCAUUUGAUCGACAUAAAUGAUCGAAGAAUCGUUUCUCAUGUAAUCGUUGUAUUCGCAAGGAAAGGAGAGGAAAGGAAUUACGACGAAAGAGAAAAGAAAAAUUCCGUCGAUCUCACGGAAGCGUGUCUCGUUUUCUACGGGCGCAUGAGCUUUCAUCACUGAAACGUUACAUAUCAAUAUCGUUGCCAAGCAUUUUGUGAAUAUUCGUUAAGAUCGCACAAGCGAGAGGAGAUUAAUGUAAUUGUUGAAGAAGAAAAAAAACAAAAAAGAAAGGUCCCUCUAAGAAAAAUAAAGUAAAAAAGGAUAUAAUUAAUUAAUAAUACUAAUACUAAUAAUAAUUAAUAAUAAUAGUAAUAAUAGUAAUAAUAAUAAUAAUAAUAAUAAUAAUAAUAAUAAUAAUAAUAAUAAUAAUAAUAAUAAUGGUAACAACAACAACAACAACAACAACAAUAAUAAUAAUAUCAACAACAACAACAACAGUCAUUUACAUAAACAUAUCAACGCUUUUCUGACGAAACAAUCUCAAUGAUACUUGUGACAUUUUAAUUAUUCGCACAUCAUGAACUCUUUCACAUUUAUUAUAGAAAUAAUUUGAGUGUGAAUACCGACGAAAUCAAUUUUUUACGAAAAUGAAUUCCAAUAUAAUUUAUCCAGCAAUACGAAAUUGUUGGAGUAUAGCCGUCGAUAUGGUAAUUAAAUUACAUUGAAUUCUCUCAGGUCAAACCGCGCAAAGAACGGACUAUUACAAUAGCUAACAAUAUCUUCAAUCGAUUCAGAUCGUUAAUUCUCUCGGCUAUCUCGUGCAAAAGCCCAUGUAGCCGUUGAAAUGACAUAACAACUGUUGAUGACUCCUAAUACACCGUACAGGAAGCCGACACUUGUCAAAGCCAGUAGAGUACAAACGCGGUUAUUCAAAGAUCUCGUUGCUCCUAUUUCGUGACUUUACAAAUCUAAAUGCUGAUACUGAUGUGCGCACUAAAAUUAUUAUUACCAAUGACCAUUAUACCAACGUACGUAUGCGCAUAGGGUGACUCUUCCCACUGAUUUUGCUUUUCGUUGAAAUAUUAUUUUUAAAAUUACUAACUAUGUGUUCCCCAUUCAUCGGCGUAAUUAUUAUUUGUAAGGAUUUGUAUCCAUGCGAGGCAACACUGGGUAUAAUUAUUACUAACUAUUAGUUAAUAGUGGGUAUAAUUAUUAUUAACUAUUCGUAUCGUCAUCUAUCAUGAUCGUUCUCUGUAAUAUCAACCUUCAUAUUCGAUUAUACGAAAUUACAAGUUAAAAAUUACCAAUAAAAAAUAAUUGUUAAAGUUAAUGACGAACAUAUCUUGUAACGAGAUCUUGCUGCACGUAAAACAUGUCAUCGAUAUCGAAGAGAUGUUCACGUGAAGGGUAACGUUGCAAAAGCACUAAGAAAGUAAAAUAUGUUUUACAAUUUGAUAAUAAAUAAAUAAAUUAAUUAAUUAAUUAAUUAUAUAAAUAUAAUAUAUAGAUAAAGAUUAAUAUACUGUAAUUACUUUUUUUAUAUUAUUAUAAUGUAUUAUUAUUUUUUUAUAUUUUCUUCGCUUUAUACCAAAGUGCCCAGUUUUUUACGGCAUUUGUAAUUAUUAUUAUUAUUACUAUUAUUAUUAUUAUUAUUAUUAUUAUUAUUAUUAUUAUUAUUGUUAUUGUUAUUAUUGCAUUUAUUAUUAUAUUAUUAUUAUAUAGAAGUAUAUAUCGAAAUUAAACUAGAUAUAACAAUGUGAUUUUGUCACCGGCAACUCUCUUUUAUUUGAUUCGAUGUUUUUAUUAGACGACAGUGAAAAAAAUAAAAAGUUAUGGUUUUGUUUUUCUUGUUACAUAACUAAUCAUCUAUAAUAAAUAAUCAUCUAUCGUUAUCUUUUCUUUCUUUCUUUUUUGUUUUUGUACCAACUCAAUGUUUAAUGCAUACAACUUUUACAUUUUCGAAAAGAUAACUAAAAGUAAGAACAUAUAAUAUUGAUAUAUAAUUUAUCGCUGAACAAAAGACAAUAAUUUCUGUAGAAUUUUUCUUUUUCUCCAUCGAUAGAGGGUUAAAGGUGCACAGAAAUAUCACAACACACACACACAUAUCAUUUAUACGCCCAAAGUUUAGAUCGUAAGAUAAUAAUUAAUCGAAGUUGAAUUUAAAGACUUCGAAGCUUAUAAACACUAAAGAUCGUAUACAUAUCGUGACUGUAUGAGAUUUCAAAGGAUUUAUUUGUUAAUAUAUAUAAAUAUAUGUGCUAUAUACAUACACAUAUUACCAUUAAAGAUAUAUAUAUAUAUAUAUACAUAUAUAGUAUAUACACAUUUUGCAUAUGCAUAUUAGGUGUUUUUUUUUCAACGACGCAUUAAGCAGAAAAUACCAAGCCGUUGCACGCACUUUACCUAAGCCUCGAUCUUUUUCUUCUUCUUUCUUUUUCAAUAAUUCCUUUUAAAUUUUUCGUCUUUUCCGUAUAGAUUAUCAGUCGAUCUUUAAUGAUCAAAGUAUUCUAAAACUUCAUCCCAAAUAAAAAAAAGAAUUUUUAUUGUAUAAUAUAAUAAUUAUAAAUUGAUACGCUGAAUAUGAUGAUUCUCUAAAGGCCCUAUGUAAUAACAUUGAGAAUCCGUAUAAGGCAUAUCCGAAGAUUUACAAAGACACAUGAAACUCAUGCAAUUUACGUGUGGACGAAAGAGAAUAUUUCGGUGGAUAUCGUCUGCAACGUAAAUCUGUCGUACUUAUUAAAAACUAUGGAGGAAUUAGGUCGGAUACAUUCUUUUUAAGGUACGCAAUAUAUCGUACCUAAGCCCUAUGCUCGGCAGUUAUGUGUAACGGCGUGGUAAAAAAUAAGUAGCAACUAGGAGAAUAUAAAAGGAUGCAAAAGAAAAAUAUUAGUGAUAUUAGUACAGUAGCACUUGUUACAAAGGGUCAGAAGUCUAGUCUGCGAAUUUUAACUUUAAAAUCAUAGAAAGAAUAAAAGUUUAUGCGAAACUUCCAUUAAGCUAUUGAUAAUUCUUCAUUUUUGUAUCUUUCUUAUUUUUAAUGUUAUUAUUCAUGGUUUGUAAACUUCUUUAAAUAUAUUGUCCACUUGUAAGGAUCGUCAUUCUUUAGGUGUAUCGAUUUAAGCGAGUGAAGCGUUUAUCAACGUAUAGACUCGAAUCUUCAUAAAAAUAAAAAAAUAAAAGCAAAAACAGACGUUUCAAUUGUCCCCUUGUCUACAAUUAUUAGAAACGGAAAAUAAAUACAUUCUAAAAUAGAUAAAUAUUAAAGCUUUAAUGAUCGGCCAUUACGACCUCGACAUCUGACCCGGAAGUUACUGUAGGAAAUGUACCUAUUGUAGAAUUUAUUAAUCAUGUAGAGAGAAAAAAAGAGAUUAACAAAAAAAAAAAAAAAGAAUGAAAGGGAAAGACCCUCGUGUGCGUUUUAAUCGGCGUAACGGUGGGAAAAACCCGAAAGAACCAUGUCAAGACAUAUCUUUCAAACGUGCCGCCGUCAUUCUCGUCGGGCGCGUCAAUUAAUAUUAUUAUAAACUAAUUAUUAUAAACGGUAUUUUUGUACAGUGUCUUACAGCGAGUCGGACGACGCGGUCGGCGCGGUCGACGCACUCGACGAGAUCGUCCGCAUAACGUCCUUAAAUUUUAUCGCAAUCCUAGCGCGUAAUAUUCCAAGAAAAGGAAAAAAAAGAAAAAUGAAAAAGAUGCAUGGAUAAAAACAAAAGCAAAUUGUAUAAGUAAUGAAGAAAACAACGAGAAUAAAGUCGAAGUAAGAAGAAAAUUUCUUGGAAAGAAUAUUAUACACAAAAGAAACAUCCUCUUUUAACCAUUUCACCAAUUAUUCGAAUCUUUCGUGUAUAAGUGAAGAAUAUACGGAACUUAAUAUGCUACGAAAAAAUUGUUCGAGUAAAACUAGAUUAAAAACUAUGUAUGAUUAUUAUAUUCUGUGCUCUUCUAAGAUAUUAUUACUUCGCUUUUUUCACGUGUGCAAGACAAAAGAAUCGAGAGAGAGAGAGAGAGAGAGAGAGAGAGAGAGAGAGAGAGAGAGAGAGAGAAUCUCAUAUAUGUACAUUUUCUAUAUUAAGCAUAACAUAUAUGUAUAUUGUAUACACAGAAAGACACCUACGCAAGUAUUACACAAUAUACAUGCAACAUUACAAGACAAUGGAUAUCUCUUGUAUCUACAUCUUAUGUGUUUCUCUUUUAUUAAAAUAUACACAUAGCUAUAUUAUAUAUAUAUAUAUAUAUAUAUAUAUAUAUAUAUAUAUAUAUCUGUGAAUUUAGUGAAUAUAAAUUAUAUAUAAGUAAGCAUAAAUAAAACGUAUAAGGCUAUGAUUCACACAAUCACACGAGCAUGAGUUUGCGUGAGUGUAUGGAAAUGUAUUAUGAAACCUACACGCAUGCAUAUACAUACGUGUAUUUUAAUAGAUAAAAUAAUAAAUUCUUUAUUCAUAAAUACACAGGAAAGAAACAUAUCUAAGAAUGUCACAAAUAUACACAGACACACCUUUAUGCCUAAAGAAGCUAUAUCGAUGUUACAUAUAUGUAUAUAUACAUACAUGUUUAUGUAUAUAUAUAUAUAUAAAUAUAAAUGCAUAUGUUAUGUGUAUAUUAUACAAAACCAUACCCCAUAUAUACGAAAUUUCGUCUAUAUGUCUAUACAAAAAUGUCCUAUAUAUAUAUAUAUAUAUAUGUGCGUAUGUGUGUGUAUAUAUAUAUAUACGCAUAAUACAUACAUAUAAACACACACAUAUAUAUAUAUAUAUUCAUUAUUGAGGAUAAAUUGCUACGUGAUAUAGUAUUUACAAAAGAUUUUUUCUCCUCGUAAAUAUUCCCAAAAUACCUACUUCGAAUUCCAAUCUACGUGUCAUUGUUUAUUAUGUCGUUAACGAUUAACUGUGUACAUGUGAGAACUUUCAAAUGAAAUAAAAAGUAUAUAAGCCAGAAUAA